AUAGUCCUAUUUACCCGUUUUUGACUUCUCCCAAACUUCUUUACCCAUUGGGAUCCCAUCCAUCAACAACAACCCCCACACAAAAACUGUGCCCCCUUGUAGCCUGCGGGGAGGGGAAUGUUCUGUUAUAUAUACUCUCCUCACCUCACCCUUUUAUGAUUUAUCUCCCUAUCACCUUUAUUUCUCCUUAUUUCCAAAUUUCAAUUUCAUCUCUGUGGCAUUCCCUCCCUCCCUCUAUCUUUCCUUCUCAAAUUUUGGAUCUUUCUAGAACGAAUUAUAGGUAGUUUCCAUUCUCGGCUGCACGCGUUAUCUGAAAAAAUCUAUAAAAAUGGCGAGAAACAUUCUGGUCACCGGAGGAGCCGGAUACAUAGGUAGUCACACAACUCUUCAGCUUUUGCUCGGCGGUUAUAAAGUCGUCGUUAUUGAUAACCUUGAUAACUCGUCGGAACUCGCUAUCCACCGAGUCAAAGAACUUGCUUCCGAGUUCUCCUCUAAUCUCUCUUUUCAUAAGAUGGAUCUUCGGGACAAACCAGCUGUUCAGAAACUCUUUUCUUCAACAAAAUUUGAUGCUGUCAUUCACUUUGCUGGAUUGAAAGCAGUGGGUGAAAGUGUUCAGAAACCAUUGCUUUAUUACAAUAACAACAUCAUUGGUACAGUUAACCUACUGGAAGUCAUGUCUGCUAAUGGAUGCAAGACGCUUGUCUUCUCCUCGUCAGCAACUGUGUAUGGCUGGCCUAAAGAAGUGCCUUGCACUGAGGAGUUUCCAUUAUCUGCAGCAAAUCCAUAUGGUCGAACCAAGCUCUUUAUUGAAGAAAUAUGCCGCGAUGUCCAGCGCUCUGAUGCUGAGUGGAAAAUUAUUCUUCUAAGAUACUUUAAUCCAGUGGGUGCUCACCCUAGUGGGCAUAUUGGUGAAGAUCCUCGUGGAGUUCCAAACAACCUAAUGCCUUUUGUGCAGCAAGUUGCUGUUGGAAGAAGGCCUCACUUAAUGGUGUAUGGGACUGAUUACAAGACUAGAGAUGGCACCGGGGUUCGUGACUACAUUCAUGUUGUUGAUUUGGCUGAUGGACACAUAGCGGCACUGAAGAAGCUUUUUGAUGCAAAUAUAGCUUGUGAAGUCUACAAUUUGGGAACUGGAAAGGGUACAACAGUAUUGGAGAUGGUAGCUGCAUUUGAGAAAGCAUCUGGAAAGAAAAUUCCUCUUGUAAUGGCUGAAAGACGCCCUGGUGAUGCUGAGAUUGUAUACGCCUCAACAGAGAAAGCAGAACGGGAACUAAAUUGGAAGGCCAAAUACGGAAUUGAUGAGAUGUGUCGUGAUCAAUGGAACUGGGCUAGCAAGAAUCCUUACGGUUACGGCUCACCUGAUAAGGAAGACUGAUAGACUCAUCAGCACAGCACAGACGACAGAAAAAUAAAAUUACACACAUGUACAAUCUUAUCCCAUUUGGUACAGCUUACCACCUGUUGCUACACCACUAUACUGCAUUCAUCCAGCCUAACUUUAGGAAUAUAUAGCAUCAAAAUAAAAAUUGAUUUAUAUGGAAAAAUAUAAUACCCAUUGAUGUUAGUGUAAAUGGGCAUUGACAUGUAUUUAUCUAAUUAAUAGGUAAUAUAUAAAAGGGGAAAAAAGAAAGGGUAUAUUCUAUUGAGAAGAUCAAUUAUUUUUCA